AUGGCGGACUACAACCCGGAUAUUUCCAAUGGCACCUGUUACUACUACGAUGGCGUGGAAGCCGAUUCCAGGUACAUCCCUUGUGGGAAUGCCGCUCUCGGCCACAAAUCAUGCUGUGAGAGUCUGGACAUGUGUCUAUCGUCGCAUGCUUGCUAUAACGGUCAAUUUGGCGUCACCUACUUGGCAGGCUGCACAGAUUCUAGUUAUGAUGACCCUGCCUGUCCUCGCAAAGGAGAUUUUGAAGGGCAACCGUGGGCCGGCUUAGUUUACUGCAAUGGCACCUCGAAUGAAUGGGUCGCGUGUGAAGACGAAGGCAGUACAGUCACGACACCCUUACCUUGCUGGUGCCCCGAGGUUGAAUCAAGAACCGUGGCUUUUACCGAUUCCUCCGUCCUCAAGAAUAUCAUGUCCUUGCCAGCAACUGUAGGCCGCAGUGUCAGUUGGAAAGAUGCUGAUGCGUACUCAUCUGAACACUCCCUGACUUUGACGCUUCUUCCCUCAGACGCCGAGAUCACCACUUCAACAUCCGUGACCGACUCGGUGACUAGCACAACCGAUCCUCUAUCACCCUCAUCUACAGCAUCCGCAGCAAGCUCUACUCAGCGCCCAUCUUCCAGCUCUUUUCAGACCUUCACUGCACCCGCUGCCACCUCGACAGUCACGCCAAUCGCCUCUGGGUUGAGCACAGGACAAAAGAUAGGAGUGGCAUUUGGAGCAGUAUGUGGAGCAGCGAUAGUGCUGGCUUUUGCCUGGUUAUUAUGCACAGCUUAUCGUCGAAGCGCAAAGAGGAGACUGGACAACACCGAGCCCGCACCAAUGAGGGAGCCCACACUACCGCAGGUGGACCGGAGGCCGUCUGACCCAGAGAUGAGGAGUCCGGCAUGGUCGGGUCACAAGUCAGAACUCCCAGCAGAUGAAAGUGUGACGAGUACCUCCCCAGCACCACUAUACCAGGACAGUCAGCGACCGCAGAGUGCGGAGGUUGAGGGUAGCCCGGUCAGAAUUUCUCCUACGAGACCUACGCAAGAUGGUGGAUUAAGGGUACCUGGUCGGAAAGGAACAUAUUACGAGAUGGCGGGAUGA